AUGCCGCGACCUAAAGUCCUACCUGAAAAUCGAUUGCGUGCUGUGAAAGCCUGCAGGCAAUGCAGAGCAUCUAAGAAACGAUGUACUGGAACGGCCCCAUGCCCUAACUGCGUUCGUAGAGGAUGUGCUGGAAAAUGUAUUGUCUCGGAUAGUGAGCCCGACUCCAGUUCUCACGAUGCCGCCAGCUUUCCAUCGGAUGCUGCUGAUCAUGGCUCCUGCAUUCACGCGAAUGAUCCUCAAUCAUAUUCCCCUAAUGCCCCCCAUCAUACCUAUCCGAGGCUCUUGCGCAGUGUUUGUGGUGAACAAGUCUAUAUCGGUAAUGAGGCGUCGUUGUCAUUCCUGCAAUUGCUCCGCGAUCUUGUAACACAAUAUAUGGGCCCCUCGAGCUUUUCGAAUAAUUCAAAACGCGACACCAUGCUAGAAGAAGAAAGGAAACCACAAGAAAUAUUUGUAGAUGAUCCCUUGAAUCUCGACCAGAAAGCUGUUCUAGUUCAGGUAUAUCUGAUUGCGACUAGCGGAAUCCUUCAUGUAGUUUCUAGUUCUGAGGCGCUCCGAAUUCUGAAAGACUCAGCCUCGCCUACAGAGCAUCAUAAUCCAUGCCGCGCAGCAACAGGUGAUCUAAUGAUUGCCAUCGGAGCACAGUGUACGACAAAUGAUGAGCCUGGUGUAGGGGUGGAGAGAUUCUACUUCCUUAGAGGGCAACGACGGGCAUUUGAGGGUUCUUUGGAGCACCCAAGUGUAGAUCUUGUGAGAGCAUUUGUCCUGUUAGCGUUUUACAUGAUGGGUGCUUGCCAACGAAACGCAGCUUCAAUGUAUCUUGGGGUAGCAGCCCGGGCGGCAGCAAUCUUGGGUCUUCAUAGCUGCGAAUAUCAUGGCAUGCUGGGAGAACCAGAAAGGCAGAGAAGGCUUCGUGUAUGGGCAAGCCUUCGGACACUGGACCUAAUAUCCAGUUCCAUUCUAGGCCGUCCAGCAGCAACUUCUACGCCUCGUUCUCACUCUCAGGACCAAAUUGCAAGCCAAAUUGAACAGGCCGGAUUUAUUGAUAUCUUUUUACUGGCAUCCUAUCAAGGGUCUCAGAUAAUUGAAGAAAUUGUGGGCACCAUAUAUGGCGAGAAGUCAGUCUCCACGGACACGGCCCAAGCCCUUCUUCAACGACUACGAAACUGGACAGACGAAUUCUAUCAUGCACUCCAAAAGAUAUCGGUCACCGAUUCCAGUUCUCGAGAACAGGGCUAUGCGCUAGGCAAACUUCAUGUUGCCUGUCUGUACUACUGGGCAGUAACACUGGUUACUCGCCCCUUCCUCGUUUCCGUUCUGACCUCCCGUCUCUCUCGUUCAGCAAGGCCGGAUUCCAUCAUAGAAGAUCCCAUGUAUCUUACGUUAGCUUUCUCGUGUGUUGACUCGGCGGUUUACCUUCUACAGGGGUGUCGAGAAAUGCUAGACGCGGGACUAAUGCUUGCGAAUGUUUCUUUACUGAAAGCAUUCAUAUUUGCAGCUUCAUUAGUCGUGGGCUUCCUGAUGUUUUCGGGCAGGGAUGUAAGCCUCGAAGUGGAAGAAGCAUUCGCCUCUGCCCAGGAACUUCUCCAAAUGCUCGCCCGUCGAUCUCCUCAGGCUGCACAUUAUAACGAGAUUCUCUGCCUUCUCGCAACGGUCAUCGCGGAACAACGGCAACGGCUGAAUGAACAAGCUGCCCGCAGCCGCAGCCAGUACGUAAAUCGAAUCUUCAUCUUUGACCAAGACAGGCCUUCAACUUCAACAGCCAUGCACCGAGACCCGGUGGAUGACUGGAUGAGGGAGACCCUGUUUGAUCCACCUACAUCCGGAGCGUUCCUUGGCUGGGAUAGUUUAGAUUUACCCCUGUGGGAUAAUUUUCCUUUCAACCCGAACUGUGCAGGGUAGGAAGAAUUGUGAGCUGCGGAACGGUUUACAAUCUCAAUUCCCCGGAAAUCCUAUCACAAUAAUGAUGAAGUUUU